AUGGAUCCAAAAUCCUUCAGCAAAUUUCUAGAUGAAAAAGUGGAAGGAAAUGAAAAGGCUGCUCCUUCAGAACAGAUGUUUAUGUAUGAUGGGGUAUUAUAUCCUGCUAUGAUCACCUGCGUGGAAACUCUGAAAAGGGUUCAUACUUUUAGAGCUUGGCAAGAUGAUAUCAUAUUAGUGUCAUAUCCCAAAACAGGUAAGCAUUACAGUUUUAGGAUGGAAAAAAUGCCUUCCAGAAGAAUUAUAAAAACACACCUCAUCCCUCAAAAGUUGCCCAAGUCUAUUUUUGAAAAAAAGGCAAAACGGAAAACAAAUGUCCAAUUGCCUUUUGAAACAACAAUUGCCUUUGAGACAACUAUGACCUGGAUGACUGAGAAACUCCACAGAGGCAUAGUAGGUGAUUGGACAUCUGUCUUCUCAGAAAGCCAGAGUGAAAGAAUGGACAGAAAAUUUGAGGAGAGUGUAGCAAAAACUAAGCUUGGAAUGAUGUUGAAAUAUGAGCAGUACUGCAAAAACUAA